ACACGACGUCAAACGUUACGUAAGUUACAUAAGCGUCAUAGUAACGCAAAAUACCGCGUUAAGAUGGAUGGUCGUUACGAAUACGACGAGGUAGUUUGCGAGUAUUUGAAGAAACUAAACGCACCAUCGUGCGAUAUACAAUGCGUGAGGGUCGCACGAGUGAAUUCAGAGAAGACAAAUAUUCCAAAGGCCAAGAUGAAGAAAAAUACCAGUUUAACUUUCAACGAAACCACGUGCCAGGCAACUGAACUGGAGAUGGUGAUGCCACACGACCGUCGGCUGCACAAUGACACCGUUGCCAACGCUACGAUCACUUCAAGUGACAGAUACAGUCGGUUGCUAAAAUACGGACUUCUAGGCGCUGCCGGUGUUUUUGUCACAUAUUUUGGUUUUAAAAAGUUAAAAUGAAAUCACGUCGCUUG